AUGCGGCAUCUGUUGGCUCUUUGGGGCACUUUGUGCCUUUGGGUGGUCACAUCCAAUGCACAGGGAUUUAUUCCACCCAAUGCGGCAAUACAUAAUGCGCCGCUUCCUCUACACAAUGCGCAUCGUCGACAGCUGAAUCUGCCGCAGUAUAAUCAGCAGAACUUUAUUCAGGCCGGUGUGGAGUUGCCCCUUCCACCUCAGCAGCAACAACAUCAGCUUCGUCAGCAACACGCGCACCAGCAAUCGCAGCAGCCGCAACAUCAUCAUCAGCAGCAUCAACAGCAGCAGCAUCAGCAACAACAUCGCUUUGGACAAUUCUCGCAGCAACAGAAGCAGCAACAGCAGCAGCAACAACCCCACAGCAAUCAGCAAUUCCAGCGCUCCACCCAAAAUCAACUCCAAACAGCGCCACAGUAUCCACAGCAACAACAGCUGCCGCAGUUGCAUUCGAGUGGCAACAAUCUCGACCUGCACCAUCAGAACUUUUUGGAUUUGCGUAACUACGCCGGUUCCCAGCCUUCCCAACGCCAAAAGCAAUUUCCGGACACUCGCCUGCAAUCUACAGCUUUUCCGGCACCAUCUUACCAACAACAACCACAACGUCAACAACAGCAGCAGCAGCACCAAUUUGCCUACCAGCAGCCCCAACAGUUUGGACAGCAGACCACACAGAAGCUACCAAGUUCGGCGCCCGUUCCCACAUUCCAGACCCUUGCACAGCCGCAGUUCAACUACCAGCAGCAGCAGCAGCAGCAGCAACAACAACAGCAACAGUUGGCCGCUCCAGAGCAACAGCAAUAUCAAUUGACACCGCAGCUAGGUCUGCCCUUGCCACAAAUCUUUAACAAUCUGCAGUCCACGCCCUUCCCUGUCCAGCCUUCUCGUGAGACCUUCCAGCAGCAACAGCAACAGCAGCAACAGCAACCGCAACCGCAAUCGCUGUUCCCCCAAGCACAGCAGCAUCAGUUCAUCAACAAUGCACCACAGGCCCAACAGGCAGAUCAAGAAUAUAAGCAGAAGAUUAUACAGAAGCACGAGCAGUUUGUGGCCAAACAGUAUGAGAAGUCGCAGCACAAGGUGCGCCAGCAACAUGAGGAGUUCCUGGCAAAGCAACAUGCCAUCAAGCAGCACGUGCUGCCCACCAUCAUUACCCAGCACAACAAUUACCCACCACAGCAGCCACAGUUCGGACAGCCCGCCCGUGGUCGUCCUGUUGCCCAUCCCACGGAGUACAACCAGUUCAAUAGCGCACUGCAGCAGUACUACAAGGAGCAUCCCACCACAACGACAACCACUACAACGACAACGAGCACCACCACUGAGGCAAGUACAGCCCCCAAGAAGAACAUAUACUCUCAGGUCAAAGCUGAGCUGGGCAAAUAUGGCAACCAAAAGCUGAGUGGUAAGAAGCCCGUCAAGACAAUUGCACGCGAGGAUUUGCUGAAACAGUUGAAGGCCGCGCUCUCGGAGACGCCCCAACAGCCGUUGACGGGAAACAAGACCUAUGAUGAAAUGGAUCUCGUGCUACCUAAUGGACAGCGCGUGCAGGUCAUUCGCACCACGGAUCCAAAUCUUGUGCAGGGACAACAGGCGUAUUCGCAGGAGCAGCUGCAAACGUUGCUGGCACAGCAGGCUUUGGGUUCGGAGGCCAAGUUGAGUAUCAGCGAUGUGGCGCCCACAAAGAGUAAGGAUUUAGUGCUGCCUGGCGGCGGGAAGGUGCAAAUCCUGCGCUCACCCGAUCCACAGGAAUCGGACACGCUGCCCGCUCAAGCUCUGCCCGGCGGUGUCGAUCUGUCCAGUUUGGCGGCUUUGUAUGGCGGCGGAGCAGGCGACAUCCAGGGCAUUAGCAACGGUGCCAAUAGCAUUGCCAGCUCAGCAGUGAUUACCUCGGACUCUGAUGAUCCGCCGACGCUAGAAGAGCUGGCCAAGCGCGGCCUCAUUCCUGAUGGCUACGAGAUUGAGGGACUAAGCUCCAAUUCCCCUGCAGGGGCUACGCCGCCACCGCCCACAUUGCCUCCCAAAAAGAAGGCCACGUAUGUGUAUCUGGAAGAGCAGGCCGAUGGCAGCUUUAAGAUCCAGGGCGUCAAGGCCAACGGCGAAAAGGAGACUAAGCAAACGGGAGCUGAAGUUGAAAGCAUCUUGGAGCGCAUUCGCAGUGGCGAGAUUAAACUGCCGCCUUCUGUUUACCGUCUGACCCUGCCCAAUGAUGAAGUGGUUGAGAUUAAGAGCGGAAAAAUUAUCCAAACCACAACAACGCGUGCACCACCCACCACCAGCAGUACCACAACGACCGCUAGAACAACCACAACAACGACCACAACGCCAUCGCCCUUCAUCUCGCGUGGCACACCCAGCAACCAUCGCCAGUAUCAUCCGUCGCGCAUCUCUAGCAAGGCCACAACCACCACUAGCACCACCAGCGCACCCUACACGCCUCGCUUCACCGCCAUUUAUGAGAGCAGCAGCACCGCAAGUGCCGCUGCAGCUGCCAGUCUCGUACGAACCACUCCUGCUCCUCUCCCAUCCAGCUCCUCAGCCGUUACGCAAUCCUCUUACGUUGUGAGUGCAUCCACGCACUUGCCUGUGGUGACCGAGCGUCUGGCGGACAUAACACAGACUACAGAGCUAUUGGCCCAGACUCCUCCUCAGUAUGCGGACGCUUUGGUGCAGGAAACUGAGAACACAGAGAAGGCAGCCUCGACAGGUGGCGCCUCAGUGCUGUCCAAUCCCAGCGAGGAUCUGCUGCAGAUACUCAAAACGAAUGGACUCUUUGCCAUGGCCAAAUAUUUGCGUCAGAGCGGCCUGGACAGCAUACUUAACGAGACAGGACCCUACACCAUCUUUGUACCGACGGACAAGGCCUUCAAGAAUCUGCUGGUUCAGCUGGGCGGACCCGAACGCGCUGAAGAGAAGUUCCGCUCAAAUCCUCGCCUUCUGAGUGGCCUGCUUUUGCAUCACGUCAUUCCUGGCGCUUUUGAGAUUGCCACAUUACAGGACGAGAUGACGGGCGUAUCCCUCGCUGGCACCCAGCUUCGUGUCAACCAGUACAAUAUGCACGAUCAGGAGUGGAAUGAUGUCACUCUCACCACCAUCAAUGGAGCGAUGGUUGUGCUGAACAAGAAGGACAUUAAGAUACCACAAGGUGUUGCCCAUGCGGUGGAUCGAGUCAUGUUCCCUCUACCCGUGGGAGACCUUCUACAAACAUUGCAAUCGGAUCGCGAAGGUCGCUUCUCCAACUUCCUGAAGAUACUCUACACUUCUGGACUGUCCGAAAAACUGCAGAGCAAAGGUGUCAAGACGUACACAGUGUUUGCGCCGGUGGACAAGAGCUUCAGCGAAUUGGACUCCGACACGCUGGAGAAACUCUACACUGACAAGGAGGCCGCCGAACAGUUCGCCAUGAAGCAUAUUGUUCCGGGCGCUCUUUUCUCUGCAGGCAUGCGCUUCUACCAAGUUAAGGAUUCCCUUUAUACCGGCAAAACGGUUGUACUGCAAAAGACCUCCGCUGGCAAGAUCAAAGUCAAUGAUGCACAAAUGGUCACCUCGAAUAUACCGGCCACCAAUGGCGUUAUUCAUGCUCUGGAUGGUGUCCUGGCGUGAAAAGAUUAGCCCGAGAUCGGCCACUUGUAGGCCCUGUUAUUGCACAUUUUGUUUAGUCUAUAAAUUUUUGGUUGCAUUGACCAAGAUGGGGGUAUCUUUAUAAUUAUCACAAUCUAAGCAAAUUGUUUAUGAAAUCUUGCCACUAGAAAUUGCGAUCCUGUAGAGAAUCGGUGCAAACACAACAAAAACAACCAACAUUGACAAGAACAUCAACCAGAACAUUUGGGUGCUUCCAUUAUUAUUUGUGUAUUUUUUCUUUCACUUUCAUAAACAGUCAUUAAAAUAGAAA